AUGAUAAGAUUAGAGAAGAACAGUGACAUCAGCAAGCUGACCUCUCCAUCCAGCCUAACCAGUAUGACCUCCCGGGAAAGCUCCCAAUCGCCUCCAAACAACCAGCUCCAAGCCGGCAACCACGCGGCCCAUCUGCUCCAGCUAAACAACAACAUUGCGCUCAACGACCAGAACCUCAAGUUCAGCAUCGACAACAUCCUGAAGGCGGACUUUGGCCGCCGCAUUACGGAUCCGCUAAAAAGAAGCGGAAAAAGCUACGCGAAAAAGCCGUCGGCUGAAAAGCCCACGACCUCUGCGGCACCGGCCGCUAUGGAUCUGACGUCUGUCAUGACCAGCGCGGCUGGUUGCAGCGGCACCAACAGUAGCGGCCCCAGCCGCUCCUUCAACAGCAGCAGUUCUAGUGCCAGUGGAAGUGAAGUGGAUGUGCCCGCGUCGCCGCAGUCCUCGACCGGUUCCAGCAAAACCGGCGAGGGGACGAGCGGUAGCACGACCACCAGUGGUAGCGGAGGGCCGAUGGUGUGGCCGGCCUGGGUCUACUGUACCCGCUACAGUGAUCGUCCUAGUUCAGGUGAGUGGCGUCCCGCUUUUUGUUGACGCAAUUCCGCGAAA